AUGCGCUGCUCGCUGGAAUUUGCAUUCGGUCUGUCGUUGCUUCUUGUGGCGCUUGAGGUGGGGAAGGUGGCGCCCACUCCUGCCUCCGAUGGGCGCAUUGUGGGCGGCAUGGAGGUUUCCACCAUUGGGGAGUUUCCCUACCAGGCCUCCGUGCAGCUUAAUGGCCAGCAUAUCUGCGGCGGCGCCGUCAUCGGGGAUCACUUUGUGCUGACGGCCGCCCACUGCUUUGAAGACCUGGAGCCCUGGAGCGUCCUCGAUUACAGUGUGCGUGUGGGCUCCAGCGAGCACGCGAGUGGCGGCCAAUUGCUCAGCUUGCAGCGGAUCAUUCCCCACGGCGGCUACAAUCCCCAGAGCCAUGACAACGACCUUGCGCUGCUCAUCCUCAAUGCCAGGCUCAAUUUCACCGAACACCUGCAGGCGGUGCCCCUGGCAAGCGCACAGGAUCCGAAAUCUCGGACAAGGCUGCUGGUCAGCGGCUGGGGGUUCCAGAGCGAGGAGGCAGCCGGAGAACAACAGACUGGUGCUGGUGUCGCCUCCGUCCUGCGCUUCGUGGAAGUGGACCACGUGGACAUCGGCCAGUGUCGGCUCGCCUACCGCCAGGUGCUGCCCAUCACCCAGGGAAUGCUCUGCGCCGCCCGCGACGGCCACGACAGCUGCCAGGGGGACUCUGGCGGCCCGCUGGUCGGCAUCCAGGAGGACGGCAGUGCGACACUCUACGGUAUUGUGUCCUGGGGCCUGGGCUGCGCCAAUCCAGAUUACCCAGGCGUCUACACCAGUGUGACGGCAUUUCGUCGCUGGAUCGAUGCACAGGUGGGGGCCUGGGGCUGGAACGGCCUUCUGGCCGGAUGGAGUGGCCUCCAAUGAUUCGAACGAGGCUCGUCUUGGUUUUUCGGCCCAUAAGUUACCUGAUGCCGACCGCAUUUACCAGCAUUUGCUUUUCUUGCUGUGAUUUCAUUUGAAUAAAUCAAU